AUGGAGGGGGUCAUUACAGAAGUUUCUUCCUCUCUUUUUAUUUAUAAGUUUUCUAGUUUUUAUACAGUUCCCUUAGAAAUCCUUUUUAAGCCCAUAAAGAAUUCUAAAUAUUUGUCCUGGUUAGCCCAAAGAAAAACAUUUAAUAUGGCUGAAAAGAAAGAUGGAGUUACUUAUAAAAAAGGAGGCACUGAGAUUGGAAAGGCAAUGGCAGAGAAGAGCAGAGGGUUAUUCAGUGCUGAUGAUUGGCAAUGUAAAAGCUGUGGAAAUGUAAAUUGGGCUAGAAGAACUGCCUGUAACAUGUGCAAUGCUCCCAAAUAUGGCCGUAUUGAGCCCCGAACAGGUUAUGGAGGUGGCUAUAUGGAAAGAGAUGAAGUUGUUGAAUAUAUCGAAAGAAAUGAAUCUGAUGAUGAAUAUGAUGAGUUUGGGCGGAAGAAGAAAAAAUACCGCAAAGUAGAUGCAGCUGAUAAGAUUAAAUCCCAAUCACCUGUUAUCAAAGCUGCAGAAGAGGAGGAAGAGGAUGAAGAUGCUGACAUUUCCAAAUACAAAUUGGAAUCAGAGGAGGAGGAGGAUGAUGAUGAUGAUGAAGAAGGAGAUUUGUCCAAAUACAAUUUGGUGGAAUCUGAUGAGGAAAAUGACAAGUUAAAAAAUCGCAAGUCAGAUUCACGGACAACAGUUCAAGCUCUUCUUCAGGUUCUCGCAGUCGGUCGCACAGUGGGUCUGGAAGUCAUUCUCGAAGUCCUUCUUCUUCAAGUGGAUCAUCACGUUCACACUCCAGCCAGUCCCGAUCUCAUUCCCGUUCUCGAUCAUCGUCAGUAUCCAGCUCAACAUCUGCCAGACACAGAUCAUCAGCUAGGAGGAAGAGGAGGAGAACCCGCUCCGGCUCCAGGUCCAGGUCCAGCUCAUCAGAAAGGCAGAACUCUAGAAAAAGACGACGUUCCCGGUCUAGGUCGUCUUCACGUUCAAGGUCACGUUCAAGAUCCAAAAGCCGAAAAUCUGGAUCCAACCGGUCGAGGAGCUGAAACUUGGAUUGUUGGUGGCCAGAAGCAGAGCAAUUUCCCACUGGAGAGGUUUGCAAAAAAUCAGCAGAAGCGAAACAAAUUUUUUUUUUUCUCUCUCUCUCUCUCUCUCUCUCUCUCUCUCUCUCUCUCUCUCUCUCUCUAA